CGGGGAGACCCGCCCGGUCCCGGGGCUGGGGGGGAGCAGACACGCCGAGCGCCUUAGGAUGGCCCCGGGUCUGUUCCACGAAAACGCGGUGGAUCAGCCCCAAGCCGGCUGGCGGAGCGAGGGGCAGGGGACGCGGCUCCCGGCGGCUGCCUAGGGCUGGGAUGCGGCGGGUUCCCCCCGCGAUCUGCUCUCCCCCAGGGCCAGCCUGGCUCGGACGUGGCACCCCAGGUUUAGCAGCAAAAGCACCAAUGGAAAUGGGGAGCCGCAGCACUGGGAAGUUUUACAGGAUCCCAGAAGGAAAGGGACCGCACACGGUUGGAUGUACGGACCUGAUGACGGGAGAUGCAGUUGAGGGAAGCUUCUUGCGCCUGUAUUAUCCAUGCGAUGCCACAGAUAAUGAAGAAGCAGCGUGGAUCCCAGAUAAGGAGUACUACCAGGGGCUCUCUGACUUCCUCAACAUGUACCGAGUUGUCGGAGAAAGGCUUUUCCAGUACUACGUUGGUUCAGUGACCUGUCCUGCAAAGUCAAAUGCUGCUUUUAAGCCGGGAGAAAAAUACCCACUCCUCGUUUUUUCCCAUGGACUUGGAGCUUUUCGGACGAUCUAUUCUGCAAUUUGCAUAGAGAUGGCUUCUCAGGGCUUUAUAGUGGCGGCCGUGGAGCACAGAGAUGAAUCAGCUUCAGCAACGUAUUAUUGUAAAAAAAAGUCAGUUUCUGAACCAGAGGAGUCUACAUCAAACAUGGAGAAGGAGUGGAUCUACUACAGGAAACUAAAAACUGGCGAGGAAGAGCGUUGUUGGCGCCACAAGCAGGUGCAGCAAAGAGUGCAGGAAUGUACCAAAGCUCUCGAUCUCAUUCUUAAAAUCAAUUCAGGAGAGAAAGUAACAAAUGUACUAAAUUCAAACUUUGACUGGAGUAGCCUAAAGGGUUCUGUUGAUGAUAGCAGAAUAGCUGUGAUGGGACACUCUUUUGGCGGUGCUACAGUUAUUGAAAGUCUCAGCAAAGAAACAAGAUUCAGGUGUGGCAUUUCCCUCGAUCCGUGGAUGCUUCCAGUAGGUGAUGACGUUUACCAAAAGAGUGUCCAGCAACCGCUGCUUAUUAUCAACUCUGAAAAAUUCCAGUGGGCCAGUAAUAUCUUGAAGAUGAACAAGCUCAUCUCCAAUGACACAAACAAGAAAAUGAUCACUAUUAAGGGGACGGUACAUCAGAGCUUUCCUGACUUUACCUUUGUGAGUGGAGAUAUGAUUGGAAGAUUUUUCAAAUUAAAAGGAGAUAUAGAUCCAAAUGAAGCCAUUGAUAUAAGCAAUCAUGCUUCAUUAGCCUUCCUGCAGAAACAUUUGAGUCUUAAUAAAGACUUCGAUAAAUGGGAUUCUCUUGUGGACGGCAUAGGACCUAAUGUUAUUCCUGGUACCAAUAUUGACUUACCUGCAACUGAACCUGAAUAAGAAACACAAAGAAGUACUGAAAAAUGCCAUGGACACCAGGACACUAAUAUUGGCCAGACAUCGCUCAGACAUGUGAUAGCGUUGGCCACCUACACAGAUUUUUGGGGUGUGGAACAAGAACAAAAAAAUAAGGCAUUAGCUUACAUUGUAAUGAAAAUGGAGAGAGGUUUUAGUUCAAAUGAGUUAAUGGUUUUCUCUGAAAUACUGCAACAGGGUAUCAUAUGCUUUAUAGGCAGCUGGGGGAAAAUGUCUUGAUGGUAAUUUAAAUGUUCUUUCUGAUUUUGCCUUAGAACUAAGUUUGCAGAGAGAGAGAUUACGCUUCAAGGAAUUCAACUAAAGUUCUGCUUACCAAGCUUUAAGUCAGUUUGCAUCAAGCAAGCCUUUGCAGUGUAAGGAAAAAAACCAUUAAACUUAUUAGUUACUAGUGUUUCAGCUGUACUCUGACAACCGCUGAGAUUUGGAGGUUUUUGCUGCUUCUGGUCAGAGGUGCCAGUUGAAGGUCUUCAAAACUGUCUUAUUGCAGUAAGAGUCACAGGAAGUGGUUUAAAGUGACAGCAGAGAAAGGUGCCUGUUCAGACACAGGCGUUCUCAGAUGAACCUAAUCCACUCACCCUUAAGAUCUGUGUUAAUUGCUGUACUCAAAGGAUGCUUCCAUUCCAAAAGCUGCUGAAGUGGUCACUCUUGUUGUAGCAGCUCUAACUCUCCUUAGGCAAAGCUCCAGGCAGUGCCUCUCUUGUUAUUCUCUCUGUUACCACUGUCAGUCAUACUGUUGUAGGUGAAAUUACAGAAGAGAUGUGUCACUUCUCCCACUCUCUUUAAAAAGGACAAUGUAAGCAUUUCUUCAUCACCUGGAAGUCUUUCAUGGUUGUAAUACUCUCCAGACUCUUGUCUUUGUCCAGGUACCAGCAUUGUUGUUUGUAUCUGUCAGCAGAAGCAGUUGACUAUGAGGCUGGCUUAAGAGGGCUCUGAUUUUUAGAACUAAACUCUUUGAAGCUGCCACAUGGAAAAGUGACUUCUGAAGGAAUAAGCCUUGCAAAAAGCAGGACUAUUAACUGUGGCCUAUUCAUUUCAAAAUCAGGUUACAAACAACUGAAACAAGCAGAACAAGCAAAGCAGUUAACAGUGUAAUUAAAUAUUUAUGUAAUCUGUGAUCUUAACAUGAGAUUGCAACAUCUAAGACUUGUUUUUCACAACUUAAUUAAAUUCUCUCCAGCCUA